AUGUCAUCACAAAAAAUAAUCGAAUCCCAUCGUUCAAAUGCUGAAAUAUACACCGAGGAAUCCAUAUGCAAAGAAAAAGCCCACGAUUUGUUAACAAAAUUCUCCCUUCCAAAAGGCUUGAUCCCAAUGAAGGACGUAACAGAAGUGGGCCACAACCCGUUAACUGGCUUCGUGUGGGUUCGUAGGAAGAAGAAAACCAAUCAUUUCUUUAGUAUGAUUAGUCGACAAGUGACAUAUGAUUGUGAAGUAACCGCGUUUGUUGAGGAUCGUCGGUUGAGGAAUAUAACCGGUGUUAAGAGUAAAGAGCUUUUGAUUUGGGUCACUGUUUCGGAUAUUUGUGUCGUUGGGGACGGUGAUAAGAUUACGUUUAGUACCCCGACUGGGUUGUCACGUUCGUUUCCAUUUUCGGCUUUUGAAACUAAUGACAAAAUUGAUGUAUCGAUGUAG